UCCAUGGAAGAAAAGGGAGAUAGCAGGGAGACGAGGAAGACCUCAUUUUCGCUGUUGGUUCCGUCGAUAGGGGUCAAGCCAAUCAGUGAUCUCUCUGCCAGAUCCAGUUCCGAGCGAUUCCUACUCUUCUCGCGACGAUUUCCAUUCCCUUGUGGUAUUGUUUGAGAAGUCAAUAGAAGAGGGUGGAACAUGUCAACCAAUUUAGCGACACACUGGUGUUACCAGUGUAAUCAAAGAGUUCAACCUCGUGAGAGGGACAUGGUCUGUCCCAAUUGUGAUUCUGGUUUCGUGUUAGAAUAUGAUGAGAUGGAGGCUACGAUGAACCACUUUGCUGGAAUGGAUUCUGGUGGCUUUCAGGAUCCGUUGAUCAGGUUGAUGGAGGCAUUCUCUACUUCGAUGAGAGAGGGAAGAGUAGGAAGGAGGCACCAUGGUGGACUCAUGAGAAGACCCUAUGCCAAUUCGAACUUUGGUAUGGAAUUUGGCCCAGGUCCUUGGUUGGUUUUUAGGGGACAAAUUCCAUUUCAUGCGUUUGACGAUCACGGGUUGGAAGUUCUUCUCAAUGGGCAACAGGGUCUUGGAGUCCGACGGGCUGGCAUGUCAGACUAUUUUGUUGGACCGGGGUUGGAUGAACUGAUGGAACAGAUGAUGCAUAACGAUAGGCGUGGUCCACCACCCGCCUCGCAAUCAUCUAUCGAUGCUAUGCCCAUCAUAAAAAUUAACCAAAGACAUCUACAAGGCGAUUCACACUGUCCAGUUUGCAAGGAGAUGUUCGAAAUAGGGUCUGAAGCCCGAGAGAUGCCAUGCAAACAUUUGUACCACUCCGAGUGCAUCAUCCCAUGGUUAGAACAACAUAAUUCCUGCCCAGUUUGCCGAUACGAGAUGCCCACUCUAGGUUCUGGGAGCUGUAGGAGUUCAAGAAGGAACACACAAAGCUCAGGUAGCAGUAGUAGCAGUUCCAGAAACAAUGGACAUCGCCGCAGGAACCUGUUUUCCUACCUGUGGCCCUUCCACUCUUCAAGCUCUAGUUGAACUUGGUCUGUGUAGGCAACCGUUCUGCUCUACUUUUCUCUAUAGUACUAUUGAAUUGGUUGUUGUCGAUAGCCUUAAAUACUGAUAAUCUCUCUGGCCUUGCUGAAGUAUGUUGUAUUUCCAUAAUUUCUAUAUUGUUUAGAGCUCUAAUGAAUUUACUUGCUGAAAAGGAAGUAAUUCAUAACAAAAUAGUCAAGAUUGCCUCUUGCUUUAAAUAUUCAAGUAAAUGCUGUCAGUUUCAAUUAACUCAACAACAUUUUUCUUGUG